AUGAAGAACUUGGAGAGUCGGCAAGCGGCGGUAACACUGCUUCAGAUAAAAAACUAUGAUCCAACUAAAUACGCUGUGAAGAGGGAGGAAAGUCCUCACAUAAUGUUCAACAGCGGCCCGAGUUUACCGCCUUCCGACAGAGCGAGAGAGGUUAUGCAUUGUAAUGCCGUCAUCGAUAUUAUAAGCAAGGCUGUCGCGGUCGCGCAGCGUGAAAACGAAGAAUCUCAUAAUUUCCCGCCUACCUACUCGAGUGUCAUUGACAGGACUCAUGCCCCGAGCGUCAGCGAUGUAACCUACGCGCAGGAGUACCCCGAGGACCAGUACAUCGCGUAUAACGCGCCCCAAAGUGCCACCAGCCCCGGAAGCAACGAUGAUCAUGACAAUAAAGAAAUGGACCUUUCACUAUAUGGCACUAUUAAGAAUGAAACAGUUGAACACAUUGAACAGACUGAUCGCGAAGUCACGGGGCCCUUCUUACAUAGAACUUUAACGAGCAAAUCAUCCACCUUCGCGGACGAGUACAAACAACACGUUUUUGGCCGAACAUGCAAUAAAAUAAAACAGGGUAAAGAUAACUCCGUAUAUGAAGACUGCAGUCAGAGCAGUAGCGGGUCAGAUCCGGACAGGCUGCAAAUGGAUAUUUCUGAAGUGUCGCAGGACGACCCUGAAGAAACACAGUCCGUGCCGUCCGCUCAGUCGUCUCCUAAGCCACCACACGAAAACGAACCGGACAAGGAUUCUCUGUGGCAAGCCCUUCAUAGACAAAAUGGUCGCGGCGGUGAAGCCACGCAGCUGCUAAGGCGGUUGAUCAACAGCAAACAUCUGGGCAUGACGGUGUCUCCGCUACGGGGCACGACGUCGCCGCUGCCGACGCCGCUGCUACCUCCCAAUGGAGCUGUUUCACCGAACGGAGAAUGGUCAAGUUCCGGUCGAGGCACAGGAGGCGGUGGGGGCGGCGGCGCGGGGGGCACGGCACGCAGGAAGCAGAGCUGCCCGGCGCGCGCGCAGCCGCUGCACGAGGCGGCGGGCGUGUGGCCCUCGCACGACAACAUCGCUGUGGUGAGGAUGUACACUUGUGCUUGGCAGGAAAUGGCGGAUGGCGCGGCGGGCGCGGGCGCGGGCGGCGUGGCGGGCGCGGCGGGCGCGGGCGCGCGCGGGGCGCCGCGCGUGGAGCUGUCGUGCAGCAACUGCGGCACGCACACCACCACCAUCUGGCGGCGCGACGCGCGCGGCGAGAUGGUGUGCAACGCGUGCGGCCUCUACUACAAGCUGCACGGCGUGCCGCGCCCCACCGCCAUGCGCCGCGACACCAUACACACGCGCCGCCGGCGGCCGCGGCACGACGCCAAGCACGCGCGGAACAAGACCCGUCGCAGCGGCAGCGGGGGCAACGAGGGCGUCGCGGCAGCGGGCGGCCCCGGCGGCGAGGCGGCGGAGGGCGGGCGGGGCGGCGCGGUGGGCGGCGGGGCGGGGGCGGGGGCGGCGGGCGGCGACGGCGCGGAGGAGGCGGUGCUGGCGGCGCUGCGGCGGCAGCUGCAGCCGCACCUGCUGGCCGCGCUGCACGCGCACGCGCCGCGCUCGCACGCGCACUCGCACCGGCAGCAGGUGGGUCGAAGUAUGCCCGAGUACGACGAGGCGCCGCUCAACCUGGUGGCGAGCCACGUGGCCGCGGAGGAGACGCAC